AUGCGCUGGAGGGUGCCCGGUCGAUCGACGACGACGUCUCUGCCGGCCAGCGCCGCUCUCUUGCUCCUCCCGUCCCUCCUGCUCACAGCUCCGCAGCAGCUGUCCUACGCCCAGGAACAGAAACAUCCCCAACAUCACCAUCAACAACAACAACAACACGAUGCCGCAAUCUCGUCCAUCUACCCGGCCGCUGGCCCAACCGGCCACACCGGCAUCGACGAAUCGCCCCAUACGUAUUUCCGAGACACCCACCCCCACAAACAACCGGACGUGAAGAAGAAUCCGGACAACGAUGUGAGCGCCCUGGCGACUCUGGCUCUGGCAGGUUCCGAUAGCCCUGCCGUGCGAGCCCCUCCUGCCCAGCCCGGCAGCCCAACGGCCGGCCUGGUGUCGCAGCUUCAAGCGCGGUCCCUGCAGGACUGGGAGGUUGAGGACUUUGUUCUACUGGCGACCGUCGAUGGCACCAUUCACGCGCGAGACCGCAAGACUGGCUCCCCCCGCUGGGCCCUCGAGGUCCCCGGCAGCCCCAUGGUCGAGAGUAUCUACCAUAACCGCUCGUCUAGCAGCUUCGACGCAGAAUCCUCAACCGGCGAGGACGAUUUCCUCUGGAUCAUCGAGCCUAGCCGUGACGGCAGUCUAUACAUCUUCAGCCCCGGCCCUGAAGGCGGCCUUCAGCAACUGGGUCUCACCGUGAAAGAUCUGGUCAACGAAACUCCAUACUCGGGAACCGAGCCGCCCGUGACCUAUACCGCUUUGAAGGAGACCACACUGUACACCGUCGACGCCCGCACAGGAAAUGUGCUGCGUGUUUUCAGCUCUCGCGGACCUAUUACCCCAGACCAGAGCUGCAAGAUUGAUAAGCCUGGUGUUGACGGCGACGGCGAUUGUGAUCCUCCAACCGGCACUUUGACCCUCGGCAGAAUCCAGUACAUCGUCCGCAUUCAAAACACCGAGAAUGGCGAAGAGAUUUGCACCCUCAAAUACUCCGAGUGGGCGCCAAACAACCGCGAUGUCGACCUUCAAAGCCAGUACUACCAGACAAUGGACCAGAGCCACAUCUACAGCAUGCACGACGGCGUUGUUCUCGGCUUCGACCACUCUCGCAUGGAACGGCCUCGAUACACACAGCGCUUCACCAGCCCAGUCGUUCGUGUCUUUGAUGUGGCACGCCCGGUGAACUUCGACUUGCCGGAUUCUCCUCUUCCACUCGUCUUGCUCUCCCAGCCGCUUGAACCGCCUGACCCAGACUACGCCACAACCCCCGAUUCCGAGCACCGCGUGUUUAUCGAUUGCACCGAGGCAGGCGGAUGGUUUGCCAUGUCGGAAUUGACCUACCCCCUUGUGACGGGCCGGGCCGACCUCGCACAAUGCUACGACAAAGACUUUUUCCGCGACAGCCACUCACUGUUGAAUCUCGAUCUCCAACGUCAACGCAAAGCAUUGGUGGGCGUGCACUCGCUCGGUAUGUCAUCUGGGCGCCACAGCCAGCGAGGAGGCAUACACAGCGUUUCGGGCCCCUCUGCGAUUGGCGGCGGCGGCCCUAAUGGCACUCCCCGAAAUAUGCUUAGCUCUCCGUCGUACCUGGCUUCGCCCCCGGCUCUCCGACAAAGUGUCAUUAUUCGCACUGGCUGGGAAAACCGGACCGACAUUGUUGUCUUGGUCAUUCUUGCUUUCUUUGCAUAUUUCAUCUAUGUGAAUUCGGCCCUUUUCCAGGAACAACUGAAACAGAAGCUUGACUUGAAGAAUAUCCUGGCCGGAUACGAGCAACCGUUAUCCUCGACACCUCCAACAUCUCCGAUAGCAACUACAUUCCCCGAAGAUUCAGGCCCACUUAGUGGCGUGCGGGCCGAAUUAGCUACUCCCAAGAAGCCUCGUGUGCAGAUUGAUGAGCCCGAAGUCUUUGACAAUAGAGAAUCGACUCCACGAAGUUCCUCGCAGACUCCAGAUCCGGAAUCAACACCAAGAGUACGCAUUCGCGAGCCGUCUCGAGGACCGGACGAAGAAGGAGAUGAACUGAACCUGCAGGAGACUGGGGCAAAGAAGAAGAAACGCCAGCGAGGCCAGCGUGGGGGCAAAGCCCAUAAGCGUAAACAAAAGCCAGGCUCGGAGGGCGACAAAGCUGAGACUCCGGUCAUGGAUCAGAUCCAAUCUCUUGCCCCGCCAUCCGGUCUUGAGCCAGAUGUUCCACUAACUCGUCAGGUAUCGAAUGAGAUUUUCGAACUAGACGGAGCUGUUCGCAUUGGCCAGCUCAAGGUAUAUACCGAUACUGUUCUUGGCCACGGUAGUCAUGGCACCAUCGUAUACAAGGGCUCCUUUGACGGCCGAGACGUCGCUGUCAAGCGUAUGCUUGUCGAAUUCUACGAUAUUGCGUCUCAUGAAGUUGGUCUCCUACAAGAGAGUGACGACCACGCUAAUGUCAUCCGAUACUACUGCCGUGAACAGGCUACCGGCUUUUUGUAUAUUGCCUUGGAACUGUGUCCUGCGUCGCUGCAAGAUGUAGUCGAGAGAUCUCAGGACUAUCCUCAACUGGUCACUGGCGGCUUGGAUGUGCCAGAUGUGUUGCGGCAGAUCACCUUUGGAGUACGCUAUCUGCACUCACUCAAGAUCGUGCAUCGUGAUUUGAAACCGCAGAACAUCCUGGUUGCCACUCCCCGGGGACGCAGCACCGGCAUGCACCCAGCGUUGCGACUGUUGAUCUCCGAUUUUGGUCUCUGCAAAAAGCUCGAAGACAACCAAAGCUCAUUCCGGGCGACAACAGCACACGCAGCGGGCACGUCUGGAUGGCGAGCGCCGGAGUUGUUAGUAGACGAGGACCAGCAGUCGGCCAUGUUGAUCAAUGGUGGGCACUCGAAUCAUACCGAGUCGUCUGAGCCCGCUGUGGUUGAUCCACAGACCAACCGACGUGCAACUCGAGCCAUUGAUAUUUUCUCGCUGGGAUGCGUCUUUUACUACGUACUCACACGUGGUGGCCAUCCGUACGACAAGGAUGGCAAGUUCAUGCGCGAGGCCAACAUUGUUAAAGGCAAUUACAAUUUGGAUGACCUGCAACGGUUGGGGGACUAUGCAUUUGAAGCAGAUGAUCUCAUUCGUAGCAUGCUGAGUUUGAACCCUCGUCGACGACCGGACGCUACUACAGUCCUGAUGCACCCCUUUUUCUGGGGACCAGCCGAACGACUGAACUUUUUAUGCGACGUCUCUGACCACUUUGAGUUUGAGCCUCGCGAUCCGCCGUCUCCGGCACUCGAAUACCUCGAGUCUGUGGCCGAGGACGUGAUGGGACCGGACAUGGACUUUUUGAAACUUCUCCCUAGGGACUUUAAAGACAGCCUAGGCAAGCAACGGAAAUACACGGGGUCCCGCAUGCUCGAUCUGCUACGCGCACUCCGCAACAAACGCAACCACUACAACGACAUGCCCGAGCAUCUCAAAUCACACAUUGGCGGCCUGCCUGAGGGCUAUUUGAGCUUCUGGACAAUUAGAUUCCCGUCACUGUUGAUGAACUGCCAUGCCGUGGUGGCGGAUCUGGACUUGGGGCAGAUUGAGCGCUUUCAACGGUAUUUCACGCCGCCGGAAUGA